UAUGUCGUUCUGAGAAACACUUGCUUCAGUCUGCUUGAAAGUUCACUACUGGAAACGUGCUUUUAGGUUUUUAAUUUGUAAUCAAGCAAGUGGCCAUGGAUAAGACAUCAUGUUCAUCACAAUCGCUGUGUUAAGUCGUCAGUGUCACUGGAUGCUGCUUGCGCACGGGAUCUGUACUUAUGCUUCGUUAGUAUAAAUAAUGGUAUUGAGAAGGCCAGUAAACAUGAGUUUAAUGGACAUCUCCAAGAUCUUUUCAAUGCUCCAGCCCAAGGACGAAGAGGAGGACGAUGGUGAACGACAUGAACUCAGCCAGGCAGUGUCUAACGAUGAUGACAAGCUUCUCUCUGAGCUCCUGUCCCAGGAGAGGUAUAGAAGGUUCAUCAACAGCAGAAGCGGCUGGGGUAUCCCGGGCACCCCUCUCCGCCUGGCCGCUUCUCGAGGUCACCUGAGAUGCCUGGAGGUUCUUCUGGCCUGUAACGCUGAGGUAGACAGUUUGGAUGUGAAGGCCCAGACUCCCUUGUUCACUGCUGUCAGUGGGAAGCAUCUAGACUGCGUUCACGCUCUGCUGCAGGCAGGAGCUAACCCUAACGGCAGCAUUUACAACAAUUGCUCCCCAGUGUUAACCGCUGCAAGAGAAGGGGACGUGAACAUCUUGAGAGAACUGCUCCAGUUUGGUGCAGAGGUUAAUGCUAGAUCAAAGGUUCCUGAAUGGGCUUCAAAUGCUGGUGCUUGUAGUGGACCUCUCUAUCUUUCUUCAGUUUACGGACACCUUGAUUGCUUUAAGCUGCUUCUUCUUUACGGGGCGGAUCCGAAUUAUAACUGCACCGAUGAGACACUGCUUGCCAGGAUCAAACAGCCCAAGACAGUGUUGGAAAUGUGCCUGAGACACGGUUGUGGGUUGGAAUACCUCCAGCUCCUUAUUGCUGUUGGAGCAAACGUCUUCCUUCCCACACUCAUCACAGAGAAAACCAGAAAGCAAAAUGAAGCAGUGGAACUCCUGCUAAAAGAAAGAGCUUGUCCAAAAACCCUGAUGUCUCAGUGCAGGCUAGCAAUCCGAAGCUACUUGAGAAUGGCCAACAAAAUACACUCCACUGACCGACUAGACAUCCCACCAAUCCUGAGGAACUACUUAAAUCACAUGACCUGAGUGGCGUGGAAUUCUGUGAUGUCAUUGCCCCUACUGUGGAGUUGCGCCAUGGAAACCUCAACAACAGAAUGCUGCGGAAUCUGCACAUACAUUCCUUCUGUACCAUGAUUAAUGAUAACAUUUUAAUUACACUCUGCAAGCAAAGCAAGCUGUUUUAAAACGGAUUGAUUUAGAACAUAACAACAUAAGAAAGUUUACAAACGACAGGAGGCCAUUCGGCCCAUCUUGCUCAUUUGGUUGUUAGUAA